AUGGAUUACUCUCUUGAACACCACCAGUCCUAUAUCGGCAAGCCGGUGUCGGACUUGCCUACUCCCUCACUCAUAAUCAGCCUUCCGGCCGUAAAGAAAAAUGUAGAGACCCUCCACAAAGACGUCGAGGGGCUUGGUAUCCGAUUUAGACCGCAUGUCAAGACGCUCAAGGCUCUCGAGGUCACGAGGAUGAUGUUAGGAGAGGGGAAGCACAGAGCAGUGGUGGCAUCGACGUUGGCAGAGAUCCGUGGAGUUCUGCCCUUGGCGAAAGAAGGCCUGCUUGAUGAAUGUCUGUACGGCUUGCCCGUUGUAUCCAGCUACCUGCCCCAGCUGGCAGAGCUGCGAAAGUCCCUGAGAAUCCUCCUCAUGGUGGACAAUGAGCAGCAGGUUUCCCUUCUCGAAAGGUUUGGCGCAGACCAGCCAUGGGACAUCUUUAUCAAGAUCGAUGUGGGCACCCAUCGUGCUGGCGUGCUUGCAGGAAGCUCGGCACUGCAUAGCUUGGUCAAGCGGGCUGAAGCAUCGAAUCAUGCUCAGAUCUAUGGCUUCUACUGCCACGCUGGGCACUCGUACGCUAGCCGGACCUCGGAACAAGCUCAGCAGACGCUAAGCGAGGAGUUCUCGAGCGUUAUAGGUGCAUCAGGCCUCUUGCCUGCAGACCGCGAGCUCGUCGUGUCUAUUGGCUCGACGCCCACUGCUCACGUUGUGAGUAGUUUGAAGGCGCAGCUGCCGGGGAACACCAAACUGGAGCUUCAUGCAGGAAACUUCCCUGCCAAUGAUCUACAACAGGUGUCAACUAGUCUGGUACAAAUACAAGACCAAGCGGUUCGAAUCGCCGCCGAAGUCUGUAGCGUCUACCCCGAACGGAACGAGGCCUUGAUUAAUGCAGGAGCUAUCGCAUUAUCCAAAGAAGUAAGCCCGAAUUAUCCUGGGUUUGGUACUGUGGUGGGUAAACUCGAUUGGGGCGUCAUCCGCGUUUCCCAGGAACAUGGUAUCCUGGCUUCCUCCAAGACUGGUGCGUUGGCGGAUAAGGAGUUCCAUGUAGGCCAGCGGGUCUACCUGUACUGCAACCAUGCAUGUAUCACAGCGGCGGCCUUUUACGUGUAUUAUGUUGUGGAUGCAAAUGAUAUCGUUGUGGCAACCUGGAUUCCUUGGAAGGGCUGGUAA